CCGGCAGCGGGGCGGCGGACGGACAGACAGACGCGCCGGUGCCUGCGGCCGGCAUGGAGGUGUGCGAGAGCGGCGCGGAGCAGCCGCCGCUGCUGCACUGGGACCGCAAGCUGAGCGAGCUGUGCGAGCCCGCAGACCCCGACACGCUGCUGAGCCGCACGCACUUCACGGAGUUCCUGGAUGAAUUUUCACCCGAUGUCCUAGGCCAGCUCUUGAAUGAUCCCUUCUUGUCUGAGAAGAAUGAAAUAAUGGAAGUGGAGCUGUCUCCAGCAUCCCCAGCACCCCUCAUCCAGGCUGAACACAGCUACUCCCUCUGUGGGGACUCUCGACCCCAGUCUCCCUUGACCCACAUCUCAACUGAUGACAACUUUAAUGAAGGUGACCUGGAAAAUGAGGAAUGGUGUCUGGCUACAGAGUUUACUUCAGCUGCAAUAAAGACAGAGCCAGGGCUGUGUGAGACAUCAGGCCUUGCUCCCUCAGUCAGUCUCACCAUCACAACCACGUCGCUGGAGGGGGAACAACCUGAGCUACAGACAGAUGCCCUGAUGAAACCACUGACGCAGAAAGUUCUUCCAGAGAUUAAAUUGGAGCCCCAUGAAGUUGAUCAGUUCCUGAACCUCUCUUCUAAGGAAGCAGUGGAUCCCCUGCACUUGCCUCCCACCCCUCCGAGCAGCCAUGGCAGUGACUCUGAAGGAGGGCAGAGCCCAGUUCGAUCACUCCCUCCUUCCAGCCCAGUGCAGCUCCAGGCCACGGCCAAGGUUGUGUCGCGCACAGCUUCAGUGCUCUCCAAUUCCCCUCUCCUGACUGCACCACAUAAAUUACAGGGUACUGGCCCUCUCAUCCUGACAGAGGAAGAGAAGAGGACACUGAUAGCAGAGGGCUACCCAAUCCCUACCAAACUGCCCCUGACGAAAGCAGAGGAGAAAGUUCUAAAGAAAAUCCGCAGGAAAAUAAAAAACAAGAUCUCUGCCCAGGAAAGUAGAAGAAAAAAGAAAGAAUACAUGGACAGUCUGGAAAAAAAAGUUGAGACCUGCUCAAAUGAAAACAGUGAGCUGCGUAAGAAGGUUGAAGUCCUGGAGAACACGAACAGAACACUUCUUCAGCAGUUGCAGAGACUUCAAGCCAUGGUUGCUGGCAAAGUGUCCCGCUCGUGCAAGGCAGCUAGCACACAAACAGGGACCUGUCUUAUGAUGGUGGUGCUGUGCUUUGCAGUAGUUUUUGGCAGCUUCUCUCAGAGCUAUGGGCCAUAUCCUUCUGCUACAAAGAUGGUGUUGCACAGGCAGCAUUCCUCACCAGAGUCCUACACAGAUUCCAUUGUGAGGUCAAGGAGUCUACUAAUUUAUGAAGAGCCUCACCAACUGGAGGAGCCAUCAAGUCCGAUCUCCUUUGCAGAUCGCAAUGACAGGCAAACGGACACCUCCAAGUUCACAACGCUGUCCCUGGAAGCUGUGUCAGGGACACAGCAGGAUGAUAUCAUGCAGUUCACAAUAGCCAACGAGACAAGGCUAGAGAAGUCAGUGCUGCUGGACUUACAGCAGCACAGAGUCAACUCCGAACUAGAAGGAAACGAAACACUGAAGAUAAUUGAAAUAGAUAGAAGAGUUAAUGCCACCUCUUAAAUAUAAAAAAGGCCUUUUUUCUUGACUUCCCUCUUGCCCACAUAUUUUCAACCAAAGUUCCCCUGACUUGUCAUCCUCAGUGAGCCAAAGUACAAAAGAGAGGGAGUUCAAUUUCUGCUUUGACUGAUGAGGCUGUGACUACAGAUGGGAUCUCUUGUCUUUGUAACUCCCUUCCUCAUGUCGCACACAGUCCCUGUCUCUGCUUUUAUCCCUUUCCUGUCUAACACUGCAAGGGCAGGAUUGAAUUAUGAUGGCAGAUGAUGCCAGCAGCGUGCCAGUGACUGGUGGGUGUGUGUGCCUGUACAUGCACACGGCCUGAUCUGAGCACAGAGACAUUCUGGCGAAGGGUGAAUUGUGCGAAACCAAUGGGAGCAUGUGGAUGAUAGGGUUUCUUGGGAGAAGGUGAUUGAAAGAGAGAGGAGAUGCAGCAUGAUGGUGCUUAGAGUCUCACCACAGCUCUGUGCCUACUAGUCUACAGCACUUGAGUCUUUUGGGGGGAUAGAGAAGCACAUGUGCAGCCCUUCUGGAGGGACAGGAAAGGGCACUGACACUGCUGAGUUCACAGCACAGGCAGGAGAGGGCUGGUCCAUAAUACUGCUGAAUUUCCUCCCCCUAGCUCUUUCUCUUCUUCCCUCCAGUCUCUUCAUCACUUAGCAGGGUAGGUUUCUCUGUGCAUUGAAAGCAGUCCUGGUAGGUUUCCCUGCUUCCACCCAACUGUCUUACCACAUUCUGUGUGGGAGAAUUACAUUAGUGUAACUAAAUCUGUUUAGGAAGCAGGUUUUUUUACAUUUAUGCAAUAUUUUAGAAGGAUGCCCUUUAGUCUGCUUAAGGCUAAUCUAUUUAGCUUAAGUCAGUUCCUUCCCAACAAACUAAAUCAAUGUAAGGCUUAAACCAGAAGUGCCUCCUGAGAGGACCAUAUGGAAUUAAUUUAUUGGCUUCUAGCUGGUUGAUGAAAAUUCUUGUGUAGACCUGGUCUCAGAUUGUCUUGUGUUUUCCUUUCCUUGCCAUCUUCCUGUUACUGUUGUAAAUAGUAUUUAUUAGCUUCGAAAAAUUCUGUUCAGGCGGUUGCAGUGAGGAGAACUGAGCUUUCCUAACUCUGCAGGUGAUCUGGGCAGACCCUGAAAUCGGACACACAAACAUCACUGAACACCCAUUUCCUCCCCUUAAGCUUGAAUUGUCCUAAAAUAAAGCCAUGUGUCUUCUUUUCCUCUUACCUGCUUUUCCAGAGAUGUGAUCUGAGACCAACUGCUUUGGGUGCAGAUAGGCCCAGCUCAGACCUAGAGGUGAUGGAUACUGUGUUAAUUGUAUGGCAAGGCAGCCUCUGAUCUGAGGAGCUGAUUAUGUAGGCAGGAGACCUGUCAGAAGAGGAAUGAGAUGAGCAUGUGGGGAGGUGAAGUGGCUGGCCUGGGCUCAUUGAGAAAGCCAAGAGCAGCAUUCAGGUCUGAUCCUGGUCCAGUGCUCUUCUCCACACUUUGUUUCCUUCUUGUACCAUGAUUCUAUCGUCUUCAAGUGUCCUCCCUCUCUCAGUACUCUGGUCAUGCCUUUGCCUGAGCUGUAUGUCUUGCAGUUUGUCCUUGCAGGGGCAUAGUUGAACUCAGUCCAGAAUUUGAGCAGGGUUUUAUCUGGCUCCUACAGAAGGGCACUUGUGCUCCAUUGAGGAUGGAUCUAAUGUGAAAAUCCUAAUUCAGCAGGCUAGCAUAGCUAUUUUACAGUUUACCAGAUGCCGUCAAUUAAAAAAAAAAAAAGGUAAUUUGAAGCUCUUAUUUUUUUUUCCUAAUGAUAAAUAAGGGAAAAACUAACUUAGCCUUUCAAAUAAUUUUUUACUAUGUACAGUAGAUAUUUCCUGCAACUAUUCUAUUUUGUAAAAUAUUGAAUUUGUAUUUUAUUACAGCAGCUAUCACACCAGCCUUUUUCUUGUUCGUCAUUCUCCUUAGACUUUCUUCCUCUGCCAUCCUAAUUGCCACCCUCAGGCCUGACCCAAAAUUCAGUGAAAUGGGUGGGAAGGGAUUUGGUGAAUUGGUGGGGACUGUGGAUCAGUCCCCUCUGUGCCAUUUUAAGAGUAUGAUCAGUGAGAGUGAAACAAGUGCCUGAGUCUAUGUGCUAGUACUGAGUUCUGGUGUACAGAUGUGCUUUUUUAGGUAAUGCCCUAUUCUUCUAUGCAAGUGCCUUAUUAUUUUACCUGAGGUGACAAUGAGAGAAGAAAUGCUGUUGUAGUCUGUUUUGCAAGUGUUCCCAUCUUGGCAUAGGUCAACCUCCACCAUAAAGUCUGUUUCCCUUCAGAGUGAUCCUGCUGGGUUCUCUGAAUCAUUCUAGUAUCCAUUAACAACUUUUGUGUUUGGGUGUUUUUUUAAAAUGGUUUAAGGCUUCACAUAAACAGCGAUCACUCAUGAGUGCCACAAGGGAUGGCUGCAUUGCUCAGCCACUUGAGGUCAGCAAAGUGACAGGAGAAAACUGGGAUUGACCCCAGCUGGUCAGCGUAAGUGGGCAAUGUCACAGUUUAGAAAAUUCCGUAAAUUGUGAUAUUUUUUUUCCAGAGCGCCCUUAGUUUGCUGCCUUUGAGGACAGCCAAGUGGUUAAAUGUUUUGCAAAAGAGGCCCCAGGCACAACACCACUUAACCAGUUUUGAAAUUUGCACUGUGCAGUCUGAGCUCCUGCCCAUUGCCAGCUAAAAGGAUCACCUCUCAUUUCAGAUACGGCUGGCUGACUUCACUGUGUGAAAACCAAAGUGGAAUUAUUUAUCAGCUCUUAAAGGAUAGAUGAUUUUGCACAACAAAAUGGCUCCUCCUCUCUGAAACCUGCUGCACUGGCCACCAUUAAAACUUUGCCCUUUUUUUUUUGUUUGUUUCAUUUGGGCAUAUUGGUUCAAAUGUGGUUGGAAGUUAACCGUGUUUUCAUCCUGAGCAUUUUAAGCUGGCCGUGGUCUGGAUCAGGCCUCUGUACUAAUUCAUCCUAGCCAAUAUGGCCAUACUUAUAUAAGUGUAUGACAGUCUCUUGCUAUAAUCUUAAAUUGUGUAAUCCUUUAAGUUAUUUUUAGGUACUCUUUUAGGGAAUCUCUUGACCUAGUACACACAUUGCUUGGGGAUUUAUUGUAUUACAUGUUGCUUUAUAAUAAGGAAAAGCUUUGCUUCACUUUGGUAUGUUUGUGAUUAUUUUUCUUCAGGGGCCUUAAGAGAAUAGGUUUCUCUGCUAGGGGCCAAGGAAUCCCUGUCAUCACCUACUCCCAGGCUGUUGUGUGGCAAGGACCCCACAGUCUCCAGAGGGAGUUUGUGCCUGUGUUCUAUACCUAGCAGGGGUGAGGGAGGCAGGACAAGGUGCCAUUGCACUGCUAGCCUCAGCACCCAGGGGUGACCCCGGUGGGAAUGUUGAUGCACUGCAGACCACGUGGAGAGGCAGCCUCUGUGCUUUGAGUUAAGGGCACAGGGCAGGAGUAGUAAGGCAAAUUCAGGGAGGAUGCCAGUAAGUGCUUUCAGUUAGUUCAGCUCUUAAUGUUUGAGGCCUUAGCCUUUUCCCAGUGUGCUUUUUCUGAUGAUCAGUGGCUUGGUGCUGUGGAAUCAUAUGUGUGUGUAUGGACAGGGUAAGUAAAGGCCUUGUGAGCUACAUAAUUUCCAUUUCCAGUAGAGGACUUAAGUGAUAAACUUGAGUCCUCAGCUGUAAGGUUAUGUUGUUCAUCAGCACGAUUUUAUACACACUAGUAAACUUACCUUUUGCCUAUAACUUUAAAGCAUGUCUAGAUCUGUUGGGUCUUUGCUUCUAGGAAGAUAAGCUAUGAAGAAAUGUAGGGCAUUAUUUUAUAUAUAUGUAUAUUUUAAAAGUCUGAAGCCUGUGAUGUUUUUAACCUUGUUACCAGUGUGUAGAUAAUAUUGGGAUUUCCCCCUCCAGGCUAUUUGUAGUUCUUUGCUGCACUUCUUUCAUUUCAUCUGUACCAGUCCAUAUUUUUCAGCAGCACAGACUAAUGGAUUAGGCUGAGAUUCGUAGGCCACAUCUCAGCUGAUAAACCAGUAUAGUUCUCACACACUGCUCUUGGAGGCUGCAGGUCUGAUUUAUACUGACGGGACCUCUUCCUCCACAUCUCUCUGUGUAACAGUGUAUCUCGAUGAGUUCUUGGUUCUUCUCACAUAGACCAAAAAUUAAUCUAAAAACUUUUUUUUUUACCUGCUGAAGAAACCAACCCACCUCUCCACUCCCAUCCCCCCAAACUAUCAGUGGUGAAUUCUGUCUAGACACUUUUAGAAUGUAGGUCAAGCAAGUGAAUGAUGCUAAUUGCUACAUUGGGUGGGAUUUCCACUGAGUAUUUGGGCUCUAGAUUCUAGCUAAUGCCAAGAGGCCAUUGUUCUAAACCCAUGCAGCUAAGAACAGAGGAAUACAGAGUAUUUUUAUACUCUUGCUAACUAAAAUAUUUUUUUCUCAAGUCACUAAUUAAAAAGGGAACAUAUUGUAUUCUGAAGGUGAAAUGAUAGGUCAGUACUUUGUAGCUACAAAAGUUGUCCCAGCUUAUAUAACAGUGUAGUGCAAUGAUGUGUUGCUGCUUUGCACUGUCUAGUGUUAAAUUUGUGAGUUGCAUAGGGGAAUGAACUGUUGCAUGUGUUAAGUAAGGUCUUUACAAAGAAAAUGUCAGGAUUCAAUCUAUGUUGUAGCUUUCUCAUGGCUAAUAAAGUGACGCUGAGCAUUCAGAGAAUUUGCUGAAGGUUGAUCCCGAUUGAUACUGCAUUACUUAGGUGAUUUGCAUCCAUUGGAGACUCCAGGAUUCAGAGGGAAAUUGCAAUUUGGUUUUCUCAUUUUCAUGUCAGGCCUUUCUCUGCUUUAGCAAGGUGUGUGUAUAUAUAUAUGAACCAAAUUCCUGUGUAGAAAAAAAUGCAUCAUGCAGGAAAUUCAUUUGUGAUGCUGUUUGGAUCUGAUGCUGAACUGAGUUUGGAUAUUCUUUAUUAGCAGUAAUCUCUUGUUUGCUCUACAACUGAUCUCCAGAUUCCUCCUCCAAGAGCUGCAACUAAAGAGAUGAGAACAGAGCAUAGAAAAGCUGGAUUUGUAGACCUGUCUUACUGAAAGGGUUGAAAGAAGAGGCAGCUGAAGGGACUCCUCACAUCACAGGGAAACCUUCUAGUUCUUGAUUCUGUAAAUCAGCAGUGAUACCUGCUGGGUUUAGCUUUACUCCUAUUCCCCUUGCUCUUUAAUGCUAUGCAGUCCUGUUUAUGCAUACCUGACCUUUAUGUUACAUCCCACUUUACCCUCUAAAAAGGAGGUAAAUUUUUUUUUGAACAUUAGCAGUCCGUAAUGAAGGGGGUGGAAGAGAGAGAGGGAGAAGCAGAGGCAGGUACUGAAUUUUUUUAAACAGAACUCUGCACAUAUCUAACUACCAUAACAGAUUUUAAUUCAGUGAUGCUGAUAUAAUGGCAUCUUGCUUUCUUCAUUUGUACAGUUAGUAAGAAUGAGUGUGAAUGUGUGUGCAUCUGUGCACGUGUGCGGUGAAUGAUCAAAGAGUGUCAAAACCACAGAGUUUUCUUAAUGUGUUGCUAAAUAAAGGCAUCUACCUGAACACACAGGGCACUUUGGGCUUGGUGCAGCAGAAAGUCCAGGCAUUUCUCUCUGAAACUUGUUCACAUUCCACAUCAGCGAGCACUCGUAAAACUGUUGUGUGAAUUACUGUCUGUGAUUAAUUGUUGACUGAAUGUUGUUGCACUGUAUCAUUUGUGUGUGUGUGCAUAGAGUGACUGGCCUUUCUAGAGAAAAGUUCUGGCUUGGUACAAAAAGAAAAAAUUUUAUAUUCUGGUAUCAGUUUUGGUCUGCAUAAUUGUGGCUUUGAAUGCUUUCUUUUCUAUUUUUUUUUCUUUGUGUGGUGUAAAUUAGCCUUAAAAGGUGGCCCCUGGGAGCCAUCCCUUGGGCACAAUAAGGUGCCAGCCAGGGGAAGCAGUUUUCUCUCAGAGGGUGGUGCAAGUACAUCCCAGUUUCCCUCGAGAUUCACUAGGCCUUCUAAGGGUAAAUUACCUCGUGUUGCUCUCUGGAAGAGAAAUAUCCAUGGCCAAUUCCAUUGCCUUGGGCCAUGCAGAACAGCAUCUUGUGACUAAGUCACUCUGCUGUGACACCCCUAGAGCACUUAAGCUGGUCUUUCCCUUUCCCUCUGUUCAUGUGAAUGCAGUAUAGGUUUGUGCAAACAUUUAAAACUAUCUAAGAUGACAGAGACAGUGAUAGUACUGCAAAAGCACCCUCCUCCCCCCAACUUCUUAGUAAACUUCAUUGGGGCCUCUUCUGACUGCAGAUAUCUCUAUUCUCUUGCCAUGUCUAUUUAACUCUGUGUCUGUGUUCAGUGACCUUUCUAUUUUUGUACAAGUGCUGUCAUCUGGAUACGGUCCCACCUGAUUGUUCACACUGCAAACAUGUCCAUUGGGUGGAAAGAAAUUGCUCUUUUUCCUUUUUAAAUCAUCUGCUUGAUUCUGUGAGAGAACAGACUACCUGCUUUUGUAGCCUAAAUAUGUAUGUAGUGAAAUAUGUUAUGCUUUUCAUUUCUUGCAAAUAAAUAUUUUCUGUAGAAAAAAGCAAUUACUACUUGUUUGAUUCCCUUCUGAUUGGAAAAAAUCGGAGACCUCGACUUUCCCAGGUGUACCAGUGUAUGCCAUGUGUCCACCUUCAACAUGGCAGAAGCCUGGCAAUUCAGUGAUAGAAAAGGAAGGAUUGAAGCUGGCUGCCCCUUCCCUUUUUGAGGUUAGCAGAGAAUUAUAUCUCAGGAAUGUGUGGAAAUCAAGUGAAGGCCAAUGGCAUUUAACAGUGAUGACACUCAGUGCAACACAUUGCUACAGCCCCAUUUACAGUAAAUUAAUUCUCUGUACAAGUGGGAUCCAGGCAGGCUGAUGCUGGAGGGAGCAUUGCUUCAGCCCAGUGAUACCAGUCUGCCAGGGCUUGCUGGGCUCAUCUGUGUGGGCUAGACAGCCCUCUGGAAGGGAAGGCCUUUCCCUGCUCUGCUUUUGCACUGGGCUUGUGUCAACUGGAGUGAGCUCUUAUAAGAG